AUGGAUCAUGAACGCGGAUUUCCUGCCACUGUUGUCCCUCUUGCUGCUGCCCUGACUGCUGCAGCCAAAUGUGCUGCUGCCCUGCGUUCUGCUGCCCUGUGUGCUGCUGCCCUGCGUUCUGCUGCCCUGUGUGCUGCUGCCCUGCGUUAUGCUGCCCUGUGUGCUGCUGCCUUGCGUUCUGCUGCCCUGUGUGCUGCUGCCCUGCGUUCUGCUGCCCUGUGUGCUGCUGCCCUGCGUUCUGCUGCCCUGUGUGCUGCUGCCCUGCGUUCUGCUGCCCUGUGUGCUGCUGCCCUGCGUUAUGCUGCCCUGUGUGCUGCUGCCUUGCGUUCUGCUGCCCUGUGUGCUGCUGCCCUGCGUUCUGCUGCCCUGUGUGCUGCUGCCCUGCGUUCUGCUGCCCUGUGUGCUGCUGCCCUGCGUUCUGCUGCCCUGUGUGCUGCUGCCCUGCGUUCUGCUGCCCUGAGUGCUGCUGCCCCACCUGCUGCUGCCCCAGCUGCUCUCUUGUCUGUUGCUGCCCUCUCGGUCGCUGUCCUCUUUGUUGCCGCGGUCUCUGUUGCACUCCUCCCAGUUGCUGGCCUUCCUGAUGCAGCCCUUCCUGCUGCCCUACCUGUCGAGUUCCUCGCCGCCGAUUUCUAUGUGAUGGCCCUACAUUCUGCUGCUGACGCUGUUGGGGCUGCUGCCGUCGCCCUUGUUGCCGCUGCCGCUGCUGCCUAUCUCCCAGCGUCUGCUGCUCCCGUCCUUGCUGCUGCCCCUGCUGUUGCUGGUGCUGCUGUUCCUCCUGCCGCCCCUGCUGCCCCUGCUGCCCCUGCUGUUGCUGUUGCUGCUGUCCCUGCUGCUGCCGUCCCUGCUGCUGCCGUCCCCGCUGCUGCCGUCCCUGCUGCUGCUGCCCCAGCUGCUGCUGCCCCAGCUGCUGCUGCCCCUGCUGCUGCUGUCCCUGCUGCUGCUGUCCCUGCUGCUGCUGUCCCUGCUGCUGCUGCCCCUGCUGUCCCUGCUGCUGCUGCCCCUGCUGCUCCUGCCCCUGCUGCUGCUGCCCCUGCUGUCCCUGCUGCUGCUGCCCCUGCUGCUCCUGCCCCUGCUGCUGCUGCUGCUGCUGUCCCUGCUGUUGCUGCCCCUGCUGCUGCUGUCCCUGCUGCUGCUGUCCCUGCUGCUGCUGCUGCUGCUGCCCCUGCUGCUGCUGCCCCUGCUGCUGCUGCCCCUGCUGCUGCUGUCCCUGCUGCUGCUGCCCCUGCUGUCCCUGCUGCUGCUGCCCCUGCUGCUCCUGCCCCUGCUGCUGCUGUUGCUGCUGCCCCCCUCCCCGUUGCCGCUGCUGCCUCCCUCCAUGUUGCUGCCGCCUCCCCCUCUGCGGCCGGUUUGACCGCCUCCCCCCUUGCCCUUGAUGUUGUUCUCCCCCCCCUUCUGGUUCGGUUGCUUCCUCCCUCCCCAUGGCUACAUCUGCCUCCUCCCCAUCCGACCCUUGCUGUUCAUGGUUCUGCCGCCCUUGCCCCACUUCCACUUGCUCACCGUCAAUUUCCUCGGACGCAUCUGUCGAGUAGGAAUAAUAUGUUUCUUCAUCGGUUAAAUCUCCUACUUCUGUCCCCGCGCCCCCCUCACCACCACCUGGGCCUUUCCUAG